GGCGGAGCGCGACCCCCACCGGUGCCGGGGGAUGCCGGAAUGCCGGUGCCCGCCUGCCCUGCCCUGAGCGCGGUGCCGCAUCCCGGCUGCGCCAUGGAGCAUCCAAGCGGGAGCGGGGCCGAGCCGUGGGCCGAGGGGGAGCCCAACAGCAACAACAACGCUGCGCCGGCGGCGUGGCCGGGACUGGCACCGUUUGGUGGCCCUGGUGCUGAGCCCAGUUACCUGGGCCGCGUGGUGCUGGAGAUCGUGGAGUCGGAGCGGACCUAUGCCCGCGACCUGCGCAGCAUCGUGGAGGGUUACCUGGGGAAGAUCAUCGACGCCGAGGAGGCGGUGCUGCGGCCGGAGCAGGUCAGCGCGCUCUUUGGGAACAUCGAGGACAUCUACGAGCUCAGCAGCGCCCUGCUGCAGGACCUGGAGAGCUGCGCCAGCGACCCGGUGGCCGUGGCCGUUUGCUUCGUCACCCGGAGCCAGGAGUUCUCCAUCUACACCCAGUACUGCAAUAACUACCCCAGCUCGGUGGCGGCGCUGGCAGAGUGCAUGCGGAGCAAGGCGCAGGCGCGGUUGCUGCGCGAGUGCCAGGAGCGGCUGCGCCACGCGCUGCCCCUCGGCGCCUUCCUGCUCAAGCCCGUCCAGAGGAUCCUCAAGUACCACCUCCUGCUCCAGGAGAUCGCCAAGCACUUCGAGCACAAAUCCGGCGACGACUACGACGUGGUGCUGGAGGCCAUCGACACCAUGACCUGCGUGGCCUGGUACAUCAACGACAUGAAGCGCAAGCACGAGCACGCCAUCCGGCAGCAGGAGAUCCAGUCCCUGCUGCUGGGCUGGAAGGGGCCGGACCUGACCAGUUAUGGGGAGCUGGUGCUGGAGGGCACGUUCCGGGUGCAGCGCGCGCGCCACGAGCGCGCCGUGUUCCUCUUCGACAAGACCCUGCUCAUCACCAAGCGCCGCGGUGACCACUACGGCUACAAGAGCCACAUCCCGUGCUCCUCGCUGAUGCUGAUCGAGAGCACCCGGGACUCGCUCUGCUUCAGCCUGGCGCACUACAAGCACAUCAAGCAGCAGCACUGCCUGCAGGCCAAGAGCGUGGAGGAGAAGCGGCUGUGGACCCAUCACAUCAAGCGGCUCAUCCUGGAGAACCACCACGCCAUCAUCCCGCAGAAGGCUAAAGAAGCCAUCCUGGAGAUGGAUCUGUUCUACCCCCCUCGCCUGCCCCGCUGCAGCCCCGAGCGCCUCAAGAAGAGCUGGUCCUGCCAGCCCCUGGAGGAGCCGGUGGCCGAGCCGCGCCGGGGCCGGCGCCAGUCGGAGCCCUUCCAGCGGCGGGAGCACGGCGAGGGGCCACCGGAGCACGCGCGGGGGCACAUGGGGCGCAGGCAGUCGGAGCCGGCCAAGCAGAUCCUGCAGCACCUGGGUGCGCAAGGCCUCAAGCACGCGGGCAGCGAUGGGGCUCUGCUGGCAAUGGGGGAGCCCCCCCAGCACCCCCGAGCCUGGGCAGCGCCUGAGGGGCUGGUGGAGGAGGAAGAGGAGCAGGAGGAAGAGGAGGACGUGGGCAGGGACGGUCCCGAGGAGCUGCCUGGGGCCCAGGAGCUGCUGGGGGAGCCCCAGGAGGAGCAGGCCGGGGAGCACCCACCGGUACCGGAGCCACCCAAGCGCCCCAGCAGCUGGGGCCCGGGGAGCCGCGAGAAGGUGGGUGCAGCCCCACAGCCCCGUGCCGGGGGUCCCGAUGGGCCCAGCACCCACCCCGUGCCCCCUCGGCAGGCCGGCAGCGCCGGGGAGCCCCCCCAAGCCGAGGUGUCGGGGGCACCCAAAGCCCCAUCCUCGAUGGGGACCCCGGCGCCGCCGCGGGGUGCAGAGGAUUUGCAGGUGCUGAGCAGCGAGGAAGAGGAGGAGGAGGAGGAAGAGGAGGAUGAGGAUGGGGGCCCGGGCAGCAUCCUGCCGCCCUCGGUGCUGGACCAGGCCAGCAUCAUCGCCGAGCGCUUCGGAGGCGGCGGGAGCCUGUCCCGGCGGAGCAGCGUGGCCAUGGAGGGGCCGUUGGCACGGCCGGGCAGCCCCGGCGGCAGCGGCCUCAGCCCGGAUGGAUGCGGACCCCCCCCCAUUGAAAGCGGGGAGCCCGGGGGGGGCUCCCCUAGGGCCGUGCCUUCCCCAGAGCCCUUGCCCGGAGCCCGCCGGGCCUCGCUGCUCUCCAACCGGGACCGUUUGCUCCUGGAUAAGAUCCGCGCUUACUACGGCAGCGCCGAGCACCGCGACGGCGGCUUCAGCGUCCGGCGCAGGGAGAGCCUGUCCUUCAUCCCCAAGGGGCUGGUGAGGAGCUCCGUGUCCCGCUUCAACAGCCUCCCGCUGCCCCCCGGCAGCCCGGAGCCCCACAAGCAUCCGGGGCCGCUGUGGCCCGUGGUGGGCCCGGGGGAGCUGUGCCACGAGAAUGGGGUCCAGAGCCCCAGGACUGGGAGGCAGAGCCCUGAGAAUGGGAUCCAGACCCCUGAGAACAGGAUCCAGAGCCAUGAAAACAGGAUCCAGAGCCCUGAGCAUGGGGUCCAGAGCCCCAGGAAUGGGAUGCAGACCCCUGAGAGUGGGAUGCAGACCCCUGAGAACAGGAUCCAGAGCCAUGAAAACAGCAUCCAGAGCCCUGAGCAUGGGGUCCAGAGCCCCAGGAAUGGGAUGCAGCCCCCUGAGAGUGGGAUGCAGACCCCUGAGCAUGGGCCGCUCCUCAUCCUGGAGGACGAUGACUUGGCCCCGGGGGCCGUGCCCCCCGCCCGGCACGCCGGCACCAGGGUGUACCGGCUGGCCCGGCAGUACAGCCUCCGCAUCAAGAGCCGCCGCUGCGGGCCCCACCGCUCCCCGCUGCCCGCGUCCCCGGACGGCGCCGGCUCCUCCGAGCCCUUCCCUUGGCCGGACGUGCGGGAGCUCCGCGCCCGCUUCGGUGCCGCUCGGCCGCCGCCCGUAACCCGGAGCCGCUCCGCACCGGAGGGGCCGGACCGGGACCGGGACCGGGCCGGGCGCCCGGCAGCGAAGGAGCGCGGAGGCGGCGGCCGCAGCCGCAGCGCUGAAGCCGGGGGGGGACCCAGCACCCACGGCAGCCGUGGGGCGCUGUGGGUGGCGGCCGAGGCGGCGCUCGGCGCCGGGCAGCGGGUGCUGGUGCUGGAGAAGGGGCCGGCUCCCCACGCCGAGCCCCACAGCUACGUGCAGAUCCGGUCCCCCACCACCAGGGAGAAGAUCUGCCUGAAGGCCGUGGUGGAGCGGUGCAAAGCGUACCAGGGCUCCGAGGAGUACCGGCGGCGCUGCGCAGAGCCCCACGGACCCCAUGGAGCAUCACAGCCCCAUGGAGCAUCACAGCCCCCCGGUGCCCCGCAGCCCCCCAGGCAUGGCCUUGUCAAGGACCUAAGGCAGAAGUUUCAGAGCCUCGACGCUGCCAGCUAAGGGGAGGAAAAGGGGAGAUGGGGAGAAACGUGGACCGGAGGGAAGGGGUGCCCAGCAAUGGGUGCUCAGGGGAGCCCCAUGGACCUGUAACGUACGUGGCAGAAGGGGCGCCCCA